AAAGAAUCGUCUACUAUUGCUGGGAUGAACAAUUAAAAAUAUCUCUCACCAGGCGGAGUCAAGUAAGAACUGGUGAAUUAUAGCAUGGCUGGGAUUAUAACACCAUUUUCCCGUCAAUGAAGGCUUGAAACGAGAUAUCAAAGCCUUAAACAGAAGGAUAACGAGGUGAUGCCUGUGCAUGCUCGAUGUCUUGACUCCCAGUAGGAAUUCCAAAAAUAAAAAUAAAAAAGAAUACAAUAUGAAAGCCACCCUGCGGCGUGUCUCGGACCCGUUGAGGUGCCAACACCUCUGGGAUGCCAUCACCACGAUACGCAACCAUAAGCAGCUGCCCUCAUUCGACAGAAUCCGAAGAUACAUGAGCCGCAUGCACAACAUGGAGUCAGAUGAAGUGGAGAAGCACUUGGAGGAGUGUGCAAGCGAUAACCUCAUUGCUGUGACACGCAAAGUGGGACAAAAGGGUUCGAAAGUCGGCAUCGAGCAGGAGGGCUUCCGGUUGCCAACGCCUCCGGAAGAGCCAGACCGCCACGAUUGGUACUGCUUUGAGUGCCACUCGGGGGGUAUGGUGGUGUGCUGCUCCAAGUGUUACAGGGUCUUCCAUGAAGAUUGCAUCAACGUAGAGGAUAAACCAUAUAAUAACGAGCCAUUUGUCUGUGUCAUCUGUAAGAAACGCUUAUAUCAGAGAAGUGUAAAGAGUCGGAUUAGCAGAGAAGAAUUAAACAUGCUCUUAGCUUUUACAGUAGGAAGACUCAAGGAAAGAAUGAUUCUCCCGACGCAGCUCCCAGUAAACAUCCUGGAGAGGGUGAUCCCGGCCCCAUCUCAGAAGCCUGGUGUGUUCCUGAGUGACCGUGCAGCCACCAGCCAGCACACUCUCACACGUUCAGAUCAGCUGAGUGGGGUGUCUGCCUCCGAGCCAUGGAGAGCGCAGUUGCUCCUCCACCACCAGAUGGACCUCAAUACCAUGGAGCAGAAGACCAUCGACUGCAGAUACAAGACCAUUUAUGAUUUUGAGAUUGAUGCUUUAACCAUUGUACAUAAUGUAGUUAUCUAUCAAGGAGUCCACAGCAGUAUGGCAGACAUGGCGCGGCAGAUGUUACGUGACUGUCAGUACGACCUGGUGGAGCUCGAGCAGUGCAAAGACUGUUACCGCAUGUCCAACGAAAAGUCUGACAAAUACUGGUUCUGUAAGCCCUGUAGACCGCCACACCAGCUUGUGUAUGCCAAACAGAAAGGAUUUCCGUAUUGGCCAGCUAAGGUAAUUAAAGUAGAAAACGACCUUUAUGACGUUCGGUUCUUUGGUAGCCAGCAUCAGAGAGCCGUCAUCGAAAAAACACAUAUUCGUCCAAUAUCAGUUAACAUUCAUACUCUGCAGGUAAAAAGGACAUCAGCCUGGAACAAGGCAUGUGAGGAGCUCAAAAAACACCAAGAGUUGCUCUCUUCCGUUGGCACUGAGCCAGACUUGCGCAACUCUCGCACUGACAACGACAAGAUGCUUACAGAUAACCUCAGACACCAAACGCAGCUGCUCUCGACGCCGCCCAAGAAAGAAGUUAAGGAGGAAGAGGAUGGUAGCGGAAGUGACGAGGGCAUUAAUGAAGCAGAUGAGAAUGAUGAUGAAGAUGAGGACGAAGAAGAGGACGAGGAAGAUGACCGCGAUGGAGGUGAAGAAGAGGAGAUGGAAGAGGAGGAGGAGCGAGAGGAGGAGCAAGCCUCAUCAAUAUCGUCCACCUCAAGAGCCAAACGCUCCAAAAUGAGAAAGAAAGAACCGCCUGCACCAGAAGAUGUAGUGUCGUCUUCCAGCCAGGAGCUCCCCACUCGAUCAAUAGGGGUCCAGACGUCCAUGAGGUUAAUGAAGAUGGUUUUGGAGGAGUUUGGCGAGCGCAGCAGCAAAAGAAGUAAAGACACUGAGAAAGCCAUGAGAGACCUGGCAGAGAAGCUCCGCCGAGAGUACGAAAGUGAGAAACAAAAGGUGAUCCAGUCAACGAUGAAGCAGAUGGAGAAGGAGAUGGAGAGAGUCAAGGAAGAGUACAGGAACAAGAUCUCCGACAUUGAAGACAAGCACAAGCACAUCAUCUCGGACACCAAGAAGAAACAGUGGUGCUGGACAUGCGAAGCUGAGGCAAUCUACCACUGUUGCUGGAAUACGGCUUACUGUUCGAUUGAGUGCCAGCAGGUACAUUGGCACAAAGAACACAAAAAGCUUUGCCGCAGAAAGAGGUAAUUUAGUGCAAAUAGUGGGGCUGUGUUUGAUAUGAGAUACAAAAAGAGUGAGUUUUAUUAAUAAUGUCAUUGGUUUGCUGUUAUUAUUAUUAUUAUUAUUGUUGCUAUUAUUGACAUUAUUAAUUUUAUUAUUAUUAUUACUAUUAUUAUUAUUAUGAUUGUAAUCAUUAUAAUUUGUUACUAUUAUCAUCCUUUUUAUUAUUAUUAUUAUAUGUAUUGUUUCUUUGUAUAAUUUCCUUUGUAUAAAAGAAUUAAGGUUUUUAAGUUGCGGUUCGUGUGACUGCCUGAAGUUUGCGAGACUUGUAAGUUCUUUGUUUAUACUUUGAUAUUCAGAUCACAGAAAAAGCGACGAGAAUAAGCUUUGUGUAUUAAGUGUGGUGUUAUGAGAGAGAGAAAAAAGGAAGAAAUUUUGUGAACGUUAUAGUUUUCUACUGUAAAUAAUACAAUUAAAAAGAAAAUGUACAAGUUAAGGAGUUGGAUAUGCGGCAAUGCUGUGAAAUAUAUAUAUAAAUUUAGUCCUGGAAAAUAGUAAGUUUUAUACUUGUGAAUUGGGAAUUAGCAGUUGGUUGACUGACACAUAUUGUAAUAUACAGUAUAUCUUUUUAUAUUUCAUUAUUAUCUCUUCUUUUUUUUAUUAGUAGUAUUAUUGUUUUCAUUUUUUGCACACUACCCAUAAACCUCAACAUAGCAGGUUGGCCGGUGUUUGGGAGAAUGGCAAGAUGUACAACUCCGUAUUACGUGUUGGAAAUCACUCGAUGUUCUCUGUACAUACACUUUUAACUGUCAGAUGUUUUGAGGAGGAAGAAUAAUUACGAUUGGAAGUGCAGCCGUCAGUACCCUCAAACACCAGCAACCGCUCCCUCAUUACGAGUAUGCAUGACAGGGCCGUGAAUGUUAUUUAAGCUUAUGCUGAAUGUGCUCCGGGAGAUAGGUAGUAGGUACAAACAAGAUGGAUCAAGAUUACGAAAAUUGUUCCAAGUCCAUAUUACGUGUUGCAGUUCUCCAUGCAUGACUUUGAAUAACUACAAUAUCAAAGAUUGAAA